UGAGAAACGUUGAUUUAAUCACAAUACGGAGAGAUGGAGAGGCUGGAAACUGAACUCUUUGAAGCUGCAGCAAAAGGGAGCAUCACUUCAUUGCAAGAGCUGCUGAAGAAGGAUCCUCUCAUUCUUGAUAGAGUUGUAGUUCAAAUUUUCUCUGAGACCCCUUUACAUGUGGCAGCAAUGUUAGGCCAUGUUGAUUUUGUGAAGGAGAUCACAAGGAUUAAGCCUCAGCUCAUAACUGAGUUGAAUUCAUUCAGGUCGUCUCCCCUUCAUUUGGCAUCGGCCAAAGGCUAUGUUGAUGUAGUCAUGGUCCUGUUAUCAGUUGAUCCUCGAAUGUGCCUGGCUCGUGAUAAGAAUGGGAUGACACCCCUCCAUUUAUCGGCAAUCAAAGGCCGACUUCAAGUCAUGAAGAUUUUGCUUCAAGCAAAACCUGAGGCAGCCCAAGUGGCGGUGUAUAGAGGAGAGAAUAUUCUGCAUUUGUGCGUCAAACACUACCAAAUCGAAGCUCUGAAGCUCCUGCUCGACACGAUAAGCGACCCUGAGUUCAUUAACUCUAAAGACACUGAUGGAAACACCAUCUUGCAUUUAGCUGUGGCAGAUAAGCAAGUUGAGACCAUCAACUUUUUGCUAACCAUGCCUGCUCUUGAAGUGAAUGCACUGAAUCUUAAUGGGAUGACAGCAGUAGAUGUUUUGAUCAAAAGCCAACGGGAUGUGAGAGAUUCAGAGAUUGGAGAAUCCCUUAAACAUGCUGGGUGUUUUGGAACAAAGGAGACGAGUACAACUUCACAUGUGAAUGGAAACAUGGCAAGUCGAGCCUUGUCUUCUAGCUCUGAUCACCUUACUUCAUCCACAAACAUUGAACGGAAGAGUUCGGAGGAUCUAGUUAAGCAGCCGCACGACUGGCUAGAGAAGAAACGUAGUGCUUUGAUGGUUGUGGCGUCACUUAUUGCAACCAUGGCUUUUCAAGUUGGAGUUAACCCUCCUAGUGGUGUCUGGCAAGACAAUAACGCAAUCGACUCACAAGGCAAUCCCGUCUCUGAUCCUCACAAGGCAGGCUUUUCCGUAUUGGCACAUAACCAGCCUCAUGUGUACACGGGAUUUUAUACUGUGAACACAACAAGUUUUAUUGCCUCCCUGAGCAUCAUAUUGCUUCUGAUGAGUGGAUUGCCCAUUAGGCGCCGGUUUUUUAUGUGGAUUCUGAUGGUGAUCACAUGGCUCGCAAUUACGGCAAUUGCACUGACUUACACUGUCUCGAUAAUGGUGUUGACGCCUUCUGAGCAAGAAAAUUCUGUUAAGAAAGUGGUAGGAUUCUCUGUAUUUGUGUGGCUUUGCCUGAUGGCUCUCCUCCUUAUCGGCCACACAAUUCGUUUGAUCGUGAAGCUGGUUAGAAAGCUGAGAAAAACAUUCAGGAGGAGGGGCGUUUAA